AUGCCGGGGGAGAGCUCUCACAGAUCUGUCCCCAAAGAAAAACAUCCGGAGCGGGGAGCAGAGCAGACAGGCCUGCCUGAACCAGACAUGAUCAGACAUGCCUCCACUGACUCCACCCCUAGUGACAGUGGCUCCACCCCUAGUGACAGCGGCUCUAGUCCCUCCCCCAGCACCCCUCAGAAGCUGCUCCCAUCAUGCACCUCUCUGUUUGGGCCGCGAUUGGUCCGGGCCACGCCCAGCUCCUCCGCGACCCCGCGACCCCAGCCUGAAGGUUCCGACCGUCGCCACAGUAACACGGUCCGGCUUAGCGGGAAGUUUGGAGGUCACGGACCCUGUGGACGCCGCAGCGGACCCAUGAAGAUGGAGAGAAUCAAGGUCCUGAUGGGCUCAGAGGUGGAGAGUGACUACAAGCAGCCAGAGAACAUGGACACACGGGUGGUGAUGGGCCAGGAGUCCCUGCUCAAGACCAAGGAGACCCUGACAGGGAAGUGCCCAGGCAGACAGAGCAGUCAGGCGAUACCCCUGCCCGGAGGCCCAGUCUUGGAGGUCCCUAUGCCUCCCUCAGAACCCCAGGCCGAGGCUGGGGAAAAGGCCCAACUGGACACAGGGCAGGAGAGAGACAACUCACCUCUGACCCCAAAGAUGGAGCAAGAGCAGGAGAGAAGCCCUGUCCUGCCCAUUAGCCCUCUCCUCACCUCUCUGCUAACCCCCCUCAUGCCUGCCUCCCCUCCCUCCUCAGAGCCAGUCACAGUGGAUGUUAGUUUGACGGGCAGCUUAAGCCCAUUGGAGGCAGGGCUGUCUCCCUAUGGUGAAAUGUCUUUUGUAUGUGCCAUGUAUGCUAUGCCUUCCCUGUCCGAGCCAGCGUAUCCCCCUGCUAUCCUAUCUUUCACUGAGCCGGCCUAUGCCGUAGACCCUCUGAGAGUGGGCGUUCCCUCAUCCCUGGAUCCUGACCUGUACUACACCGCCCCCUCCACCCCCAUCAAGAUGGCUGCUCGCCCCUCACACCUCAAACACCGCUCUUACCCCGGCUCCCCAGCCUCUCCUCUCUCACCAAACUCCCCCUCGGACAGCGAGGACCUGUGCUCCCCCCUCACCUCCCCCUCUGGCUCCUACGUUACUGCGGAGGGGGGCAGCUGGACUUCUUCCACCUCCCCCUGCACCUCCCCCAAUCUGCUCCUGGCAGAGGAGGUGCAGGAGGCACCUGCAUGCUUUGUCAGCUCGCUGUCUGAAAUCGGAGACGAGGUGGGGGAGGAUAGGGGAGCAGUAGGGGAGAGGGCAGAGGAGAGGGGAGGAGGAGCAGCAGAGUGGCGGUUCUGCCUCUAUAAGGGUCUAGCAGAGACUGUGAUCCUGGAGGAGGAGGAGGACACUUCCCCAUUGAGGAGCAGCAGCGGCAGAAGCACCGACUCCCAGGAAGAGGGAGGGGAGUCGGAGGGCUCGCUCUGCCCAGCAGAGGAUGCUCUGGCUGGGGGACAGCAGUACUCUAGUCCCCUGCUGCAAAGAGGCCUGGAGCUGGAGCUGCAGGCCUGUGUGUCUGAGGAGCUUUACCCUCCCAUUACCAACCCAGAGGAUGGAGCAGACUCCCCACGGCUGACCUCCAUCUCCUCCCCCUUUUCCCCAGACAUGGGGAACCUAAGCCCUCACACCUCCAGCGUCAACCCUACUUCCCCCAACCUCACCCUGGACACCUGCUCUCCAGAUGUGUCAGACGGGGAUAACUCCAGUCCGUACGGAGAGAUGGGUCCCUUCCUGCUGUUCCCAGGCUCCUACAGUGAUGAUGGAGAAAUGGAGGAGGAGGAGGAGGAGAGGAUGAUCCCAGCCUCUCUGCUUAACUUCCCCCUCCACACCAGCCUCCUCUUCCAGGCAGACUCCAUGGAGAUCACUCUCUUCCCCACAGAGGAGGGGAAUGAAGGGAACGAUGUGGAUGCGUACGCGGCCGGAGAGGAGGAGGGGGACACUUCCAUCAACGAGGGGCUGGAUGAAUCCUUCUGUUUCCAUGACGACACUGAUGACUCAAUAGACUCUGCCUCUUAUAAUGGCGAGGAGGAUGAGCGGCUGUAUAGCACAGAGAGACAUGCUGAACCACCCACAGAACCACCCACAGGACCACCCACAGGACCACCCACAGAACCACCCACAGAACCACCCACAGGACCACCCACAGAACCACCUACAGAACCACCCACAGAACCAUCAACAGAACCACACAAAGCCAAACCUCAGCCUGAAACCAGACCAGAGGCCCACUGCACUGAACCGUCCCAGUCCCAGAGGAGACCUAGCCUAAACAAUCCCCCAGGAGCCAAAGAGCCCAGGCCUGAUGAUCCUCCAGGACCUAGACCACCACAACCUGCACUUGCACCUGCCCAACCUACGGAAUCAGCCCACCCCGAGUCCUCCAACAGCGGCAGUGAGAGUGAAAUGGAGAUCUCCUCAGAGUCCUCUGACCCUCCUGUCCCCGCUCCUUCUCAGGAGAGCCCUUCUGUCUCUACCCUUACCCCUAAACCUGCUACAACCCCUUACCCUGCUACCCCUACCCUAAAAACUAUCCCUAAGACUACCCCUGCUACCGUGUCAACCCCUAAAUCCAAGCCUGCAACUCUCUCUAACCCCAACACUAACCGUGCAACUGCCCCUAAUGCUAAAUCUGCUACUGUCUGUACCACUAACACUAACCCUGCUACAGCCUCAACACCACAAAAUAACCCUGCUACUUCCUCCACCCCCAAAACUAUCCCUGCUACCAUCUGUACACCUGAAAUUAACCCUGCUAUGGUCUCUACCCCUAACACUAACAGUGCUCCUGCCCCUAACGCUAAAUCUGCUACAGCCUUUACCACUAACACUAACCCUGCUACAGCCUCAACUCCAAAAACUACCCCAGCUACAUGCUCUACCCCAAACCCUGCUGCUACUCCUAACACUAACCCUGCUGCUACAAUCGAGGAGACAGCGUCCCACAGCAAUCCUGUCACCCUGGCAACGAAGCCAUCCCAUAACAGCCCUGUGACCCUGGGAACAGAAACAGGGCCAGCCAAAGCAGCUGCAGAGGAAGUACGGGCUGGUACGAGCGGUGGGGAGAGAGAGAAGGACAAAAAGAGCGGUGCGGAGAGAGAGAAGGACAAACAGAGCGGUGUGGAGAGAGAGAAGGACAAACAGAGUUGUGCAGAGAGAGAGAAGGAUGAACAGAGCACAGAGACUUCAGAAGAGGACCACACAGAGCAGACAGACAGAGACUCGUUCAAACUACUCAUUAAGCCACGCCCCUCUAAGUCAGACACACCCCGGCCUAAACAGAAGACCUCUGAGCCCCGUAAGCCCCUCCCACGUGUGUUUGGGGUUGCAGCGGCUUCAGUCCGGUCCAACCCGCUUCUGGUGUCAGUGCUGGAACUGGACCAGAAGAACGGGAACAGCAGCGCUGAAGGUGUGGACUCCCAUCUGGUCCUUGAAGGGACCACUGCCACCAACGACCUGAACAAGGGGGUCCCUCUGCUCUCGUACCCCAAAGAACCUAACCCCAGCAACAUCCCUGUCUCUUCCUGCCCUGAGAGCUCACCUGACCUGGCUGACAACCUGUCCCUGACCCCUGACCUCUGCCCAUGUGACCCCGCCCAGGAGAACCUGAGGGAGAACACCCUGAGCACUGAGGAUGGGGGCCCUGGGGCCCUCGGCUCCCCUCACACACCCCUGGCUGUCUCUCCCAAGAGGGAGAACUCAGAGACAGACGCAGGGGGGAGGAGGGGAGCUGGGGGCUGGAGGGCUGAUAGGAGGGAGUUAGGAGCAGGGGCAGGGGCCUGGGGGGCAGGGGAGGCCCUAUCUCUCUCUCUGGGGCAGGGCUGUGGGUUGGAGGCACAGAGCCUGUUACUGUGUGAGGUGGAGGGACAUACGGUUGGACAGACAAUUGGAGAGACACUCUCCGGGCUGCCCAAUGUCGGCACAGAUGAGGAUGAGGUGGGUGAUAUAAUGGGGGACGAAGAAGACAACAACAGCCUGUGUGGUCGGCCGGACAAGAUGGCAGAUGUCGAGCUCGUGGGAGAGGGUGUGCCAGAGUCCAACCUGUCCAGCUGGAGGUCCAUUGAGGAGAUCUCAGAGGCAGGGGGAGGAGAGGACGGAAGCUCCCGAUUCCUAGAGGAUGAUGUCAGCAACCUGCAGAGUCACCCGGAAAACAAGGAGGAGCAGGAAAACAACAACGAGUCAGUGUUCCUAUCCUCUGGAAUGCCAACCUGUGUGACUCUGAAUGCCCUGUCGGAGGAGGUGAGACACCAGAGCCAGAGUGUGAGUCUGAGGGCGUCCCUCUCAAACAUACCACUCACAGAGGUGAGACCACAGGCCGCUGCAGCCUCCGAUAGGCCAACAACAUCAACGGACAGCUCAACACACCAAUCAGACACAAGACUGGCUUCCUCGUCCAUGGAAAGCCCUGGGCGUGUCUCACCACCAGGAGGUAAACCACAGACUGUCUCAGACCAGAGCCCUGGUUCAGUAGAGGCAGCCAUUUCCAGACCCAACAGUAACACAGAUCUUAACCCAGCAGACAUACAGGUAGACUCUGCUCUGUCUCUGCUGGGAGGGGCGUUUGGAUCCUUCAGCCCUAAAAUCAGACCAAGCAACUCCAAGUCAGCCAGACUGUCCCAAGAAACUUCGCCAUCAGUGAGGAAAGACACAGUAGAGAAUGUCCAAGUCUCCCAAGAAACUUCUCUCUCAGUGGGCAAAGACAAAGUAGAGAAGGUCCAAGUUUCCCAAGAAAUGUCCCCAUCAGUGGGCAAAGACACAGUAGAGAAGGUCCAAGUCUCCCAAGAAUGUUCCCUAUCAGUGGGCAAAGACACAGUAGAGAAGGUCCAAGUUUCCCAAGAAAUGUCUCCAUCAGUGAGCAAGGACACAGUAGAGAAGGUCAAUGUCUCCCAAGAAUGUUCCCUAUCAGUGGGCAAAGACACAGUAGAGAAGAUCCAAGUUUCCCAAGAAAUGUCUCCAUCAGUGAGCAAGGACACAGUAGAGAAGGUCAAUGUCUCCCAAGAAUCUUCCCUAUCAGUGGGAAAAGACACAGUAGAGAAGGUCCAAGUUUCCCAAGAAUCUUCCCUAUCAGUGGGCAAAGACACAGUAGAGAAAGUCCAAGUUUCCAAAGAAUCUUCCCUAUCAGUGGGCAAAGACACAGUAGAGAAGGUCCAAGUUUUUCACAAAACUUCCCCAUCAGUAAGCAAAGACACAGAAGAGAAGUUCCAAGUUUCCCAAGAAAUUUCCCCGUCAAUGAGCAAAGACACAGUAGAGAAAGUCAAAUUUUCCCAAGAGUCUUCCCAAUCAGUGAGCAAAGACAUAGUAGAGAAGGUCCAAGGUUCCCAAGAAACUUCCCCAUCAGUGAGCAAAGACACAGUAGAGAAGGUCCAAGUAUUCAGAGAAUCUUCCCUAUCAGUGGGCAAAGACACAGUAGAGAAAGUUCAUGUCUCCCAAGAAUCUUUCCUAUCAGUGGGCAAAGACACAGUAGAGAAGGUCCAAGUUUCCCAAGAAACUUCCCCAUCAGUGAGCAAAGACACAGUAGAGAAGGUCCAAGUCUCCCAAGAAUCUUCCCUAUCAGUGAGAAAAGACACAGUAGAGAAGGUUCAAGUUUCCCAAGAAACUUCCCCAUCAGUGAGCAAAGACACAGUAGAGAAGGUCCAAGUAUUCCAAGAAUCUUCUCUAUCAGUGGGCAAAGACACAGUAGAGAAAAUCCAAGUUUCCCAAGAAACUUCCCCAUCAGUGGGCAAAGACACAGUAGAGAAGGUCCAAGGUUCCCAAGAAACUUCCCCAUCAGUGAGCAAAGACACAGUAGAGAAGAUCCAAGUCUCCCAAGAAUGUUUUCUGUCAGUGGGCAAAGACACAGUAGAAAAGGUUCAAGUUUCCCAAGGAUCUUCACUAUCGGUGGGCAAAAACACAGUAGAGAAGGUCCAAGUUCCCCAAGAUAUUUCCCCAUCAGUGAGCAAAGACACAGUAGAGAAGAUCCAAGUCUCCCAAGAAUGUUCUCUGUCAGUGGGCAAAGACACAGUAGAAAAGGUUCAAGUUUCCCAAGGAUCUUCACUAUCGGUGGGCAAAAACACAGUAGAGAAGGUCCAAGUUCCCCAAGAUAUUUCCCUAUCAGUGGGAAAAGACACAGUAGAGAAGGUCCACGUUUUUCACGAAACUUCCCCAUCAGUGAGCAAAGACACAGUAGAGAAGGUCCAGGUUUACCAAGAAAUGUCCCCAUCAGUGAGCAAAGACACAGUAGAGAAAGUGCAAGUUUCCCAAGAAUCUUCCCCAUCAGUGAGCAAAGACACAGUAGAGAAGAUCCAAGUCUCCCAAGAAUGUUUUCUGUCAGUGGGCAAAGACACAGUAGAAAAGGUUCAAGUUUCCCAAGGAUCUUCACUAUCGGUGGGCAAAAACACAGUAGAGAAGGUCCAAGUAUUCCAAGAAACUUCCCCAUCAGUGAGCAAAGACACAGUAGAGAAGGUCCAAGUAUUCCAAGAAACUUCCCCAUCAGUGAGCAAAGACACAGUAGAGAAGAUCCAAGUCUCCCAAGAAUGUUUUCUGUCAGUGGGCAAAGACACAGUAGAAAAGGUUCAAGUUUCCCAAGGAUCUUCACUAUCGGUGGGCAAAAACACAGUAGAGAAGGUCCAAGUUCCCCAAGAUAUUUCCCCAUCAGUGAGCAAAGACACAGUAGAGAAGAUCCAAGUCUCCCAAGAAUGUUUUCUGUCAGUGGGCAAAGACACAGUAGAAAAGGUUCAAGUUUCCCAAGGAUCUUCACUAUCGGUGGGCAAAAACACAGUAGAGAAGGUCCAAGUUCCCCAAGAUAUUUCCCUAUCAGUGGGAAAAGACACAGUAGAGAAGGUCCACGUUUUUCACGAAACUUCCCCAUCAGUGAGCAAAGACACAGUAGAGAAGGUCCAGGUUUACCAAGAAAUGUCCCCAUCAGUGAGCAAAGACACAGUAGAGAAAGUGCAAGUUUCCCAAGAAUCUUCCCCAUCAGUGAGCAAAGACAUAGUAGAGAAGGUCCAGGUUUCCCAAGAAUCUUGCCUAUCAGUGGGCAAAGACACAGUAGAAAGAAUGAUACAACUCUGCUCCCAGCCUCAGCCAGAGGAGACGGUGAGCCAAAGAGAGGGUGGUGGCGGUCAGACGACUGACAGGCACAUUGACCAACCAAAGACGAGCUUGGCCUUAGAAAGGCAGGAGAGCAGUGUUUGUAUCUCAGGGGAAAGAGAGGUGGAGGAGAGAGCAGAGGAGAGAUUCUCUCCAACAGAGAGUGUUCCAGAACCUGCACAGCAUCACACACCUGAGGGAGAGCUGAGCACAGAGAAAGCCAUCACUCCUCCUCAGCCAGGGAGGAGAGGGAAGCAGAGGAAGCAGAGCAGAGACAGACCCAGUCAGCCACGCAGACAGGCUCCGUCAGGCCCUGGGUCUACUGAUCAACUUCAGGAACCAGCUCUCCCUGCCAAGACCCCAGCAGACGCCUCCCUACCAGGGAAACAAAAGAAUAAGAACACAAGGGGCCAAAAAUCUGCUGCAGACACCAGACAGAGGACACCUGUGAAGGGCAAACCUGAGGCAGAGUCCGAGAGGAGAGGGGAAAACAGAAACGUCUCUGGUGCCCCGACUCCCCCUAGUCCUACCAACCUCAGCCCCAUCACUCCCGCUCUCCUAGUCAACCAGGAAGUGAACCCGGAAGUGCACCAGGAUAUGCUUGAUAACAGGCCGCUGCCUGGUUGCCAGGCAGAAAGCAGGAAGGACAUAAACGAUAACAAUAUGGGGAGUGGCCAUGCCUCCCCUACAGAACAGAAUAGGUCCUCUUCUCCUCCACCUCUUCCCUCCUCCUCUCCUCCCCCACUUUCCUCCUCUCCUCUUUCCUCAUCUCCCCCACCUCUUCCCUCCUCCUCUCCUCCCCCUCUCUUUCCCUCUCCUCUCUCCUCCUCUCCUACCCCCAGUACUUUCAUGGUGCCGCCAGAUGAGGACCUCCCCACCCCCAUACAGGAGUCCCAGCCUCUCCUCACCACAGCCCAGCCUGUCACCCCACUCCUAGACACCCAGCCUCAAUCAACCAGUCUUCAGGCAGCCUCCGCAACCCUUUCUACUACCCAUAUCGCCCUUCCUAAGCACCCCCCUAUACCCACCAAAAGUGUCCCUAUGUCCCCUACAUCCUCCUCAUUCUCAUCUCCACCCACGUCAGCCCUGCCCUCGACCCCCAGCCUUACCCAGCCCACCCAGGAGUCUCUGCCACGGCUGGAGGCUCCAAUCACAGUGCCUGUCCUAGACACCCGCAGGCAGGCCCAGCCCCAGCCAAACCUCCUCACCGAGCCCAACAGACAGAUCAAGCCAGGUCAGUCACAAAGCCCACAGGACAGAGAUGGGAUGGACAUAGACAGUGAUGAUGAUGACACUGCUGUUCCUCUACGACAUCACAUGACUCAGCCCAGGGGGAUUGUGGGAAAAUCUUCUCAUAAAGAGUCUGGCUCCUCCAAUCAGCGAGAGAUACUGCUUCACUCCUCCCACCAUCCAACUGACAGACAGACAGACUGUCCAAUAAGCCAUAAGGAUUCACAGGAGCUGGACCUGUCCUUCAAAUACAACGUGGGCUCCUGCAAUGAGUCGGAGAGUGAGGGAUCAGUGCCAGAGUUGGAAGAACCAGAGCGGGUGCCACUGAGAUCCUCAGAACCCCAGCCCAUCUCUCCUGCUGAUGAGGGGAUAAACAGACCUAAGCAGAGCCGCAGUGAGAAGAAGGCCCGCAAGGCCAUGGGUAAGCUGGGCUUGCGGCCGGUCCACGGUGUGACCAGGAUCACUAUAAGGAAGUCGAAGAGCAUCUUGUUUGUCAUCAGCAAACCUGACGUCUUCAAGAGCCCCGCGUCAGACAUCUAUAUCGUGUUCGGAGAGGCCAAGAUAGAGGACCUGUCUCAGCAGGUGCACAAGGCAGCAGCAGAGAAGUUUAAGGUCCCGGUGGAGCCGUCCCCCCUGGCACCCCCUGCACCACCCAGUCUCACCAUCAAGGAGGAGAGCGAGGAGGAGGAGGUGGACGAGGGAGGUCUGGAGCAGAGGGAUAUAGAGCUGGUGAUGGCCCAGGCUAACGUGUCCCGUUCUAAAGCUGUCCGCGCACUCAGACACAACACGAACGACAUCGUCAACGCUAUCAUGGAGCUGACCAUGUGAAAGGACCCCCCCCCCCUUCCCCGUCAAGCAUAAAUGCCACAGUCAUCUGUAUCGCUGUUAUGUUGCAUCCUCAUUACCUGCUAAUAAAAAGUAUGUUAUAACCACACUAGUGGGCGAUACUGUUAACCACCCUAAUACUGCACAUGUCAUGUAUGUAUAGUGAAAAUGGGACAUUUUACAGGCGGUCGCUUUUAUUACUGGUUAAAAUAUAAAACUCAAAAUACAAAACAUACAGUCAAACAAAGUGUUCAGAGAAGAGGUCAGUUUAAAUCAAGCUCACAAAUACAUGCCCACAUUGAGUAACACAUUAUUAUUAUUAUUAUUAUUAUUCUUUACCAGAAAUGAUUUACUAUUUAUCCUACAGCAUUAGAAAUGAAUUGUUUGUAUGUGCUCUCUCAACUCGACUGUUUCCUUACAAAUACAACCCAGUCACUAAAGGUUUUAGCAUUAAUGAAAUGUCUAGAUGAGUAUAGUACUGUAGCAACAUCACAGGUGAAUCUCUACCCCCACUAACACUGGAAUGAGUAGGUCUACACCCAGUUGGGUGGCUGGUACUCCAGCAGCCACAGCUGGGGUGGUCUGCGUUUGGUCAAUGUUGUGCAUAUAUAUUUGUUCAUGCAUUUGUUAGUCACAGUGGUUGUCUUUAUAUAUAUAUAUAUAUAUAUAUAUAUA